AUGCCAGGAAACUACGGGAUGAAGGACCAGGUGAUGGCCCCCCGCUGGGGCGGGAUAACUUCACGUUUCCGGCGGAGACGCGGAGAGGGUCACCAUCUUCCGGGAGAGUGCUGGGGGCGCCUCCGUCCACCUGCACAUAAUGGCUGUUCAAAAGACCAUCAGCAUCGGAUCACAACCCUCCCAGGCCUAACAGGCAACCCCGGGGGAGCUGCCCAACACCGGCGAGACCUUGGGCGCCAACACCUCCAGCACGUUUUUCUGCGGUGCCUCCAAGCUGCGGACGCCAAGCAGCUCGUCGAGUUGUCUCAGGACUUUUUUGAGUGGUUCCUUUUCCCCAUGAGGAUGGGGCCGAGAGUGGACGGCGACUUCCUCCCCGACGACCCGGAGGUGCUGCUGCGGGACGCCAAGCACGCUCACGUCGACGUCCUCUCCGGGGUCACGGCUAACGAGGGGGCCUUCGUCAUCAACGCCUUGGAAGCCAACGAGAACACGCUUCGAUCCUUGCAAGAGAAUUUCUCCGACAGCGGCCCCAUCAGCAUCGGUCUGGAACCCGAAGACCUCGAUCCGGUCGCCAGCAGCACGAAAGUCUUCCAGUACUACCUGGGGGACAUUCUCAUCGACGUCGACCACUAUGAACAACUCAUGAAGCUUUUUACCGAUCGCCAUUUCUCUCUGGGUCAUGACCUGACGACGCUCUUCCACUCGCGCGUCGCCAACACGUACCGCUACUCGCUCGACCAUCGCGCGGAGCUCACGUUCAGCGAUCUUCUGAGCAAGGAGAGGAAAACACAGUGGAUCUCGCACUGUGACGACCUCUUCUACCUGUUCCGCGGCGGGCCUCUCCUGCAGCUGGGUCGAAAGGAACUUCAAGACCUCGCCAGGGAAGACGACCUCGCCCUCAGGGAAGUCAUCUUGAACACGUGGACCAACUUCGCGGCCACGGGGAACCCAACUCCAGAUGCCGCACUUGGUUUCGUAUGGGAGGCUGUCUCUGAGGACAAUCUCCACUACCUGUCGCUGACGCCCACGCCCACAAUGCAGCUUGACCGGAAGAAGGAAAUGCGGCAGUUAUUCGCGUCGCUGCCCACCAGGCAAAACAGGAUCCUAUUUCCCAACCGAGAGGACCAAGGGGGGGAGAGCGUGCUCGAGGAGGACCAAGAGGACAAGGGCCAAGAUGACGAGGACGACCUUGGCAUGAUGGAGGCCGAGGUUGCCUUCUCCAGGCAGUUCACUCAGGACGAAUUAUAGAGAGCAAAAUAGCCAGGGGUUUGCGGAAAUCUCGUUCUUGCCUUAUUUUUCAUCUCUCUACCUUUUAUCUCCUUCCAUUCCGCUUCGUCUCUUUAUACUAUCUAUCUCUAUCUAUAUAUUGCACUCUAUCGCAUUCCACUUGACCUUUUUACCUUUCAUCUUAACUCAUUACCUUUCGCUGUCUCUGUCAAAUUACUUUUCAUCUUACUUCUUUGCCUUCUAUUUCAUCAUUAUACCCUUUUGCCCCUAAAAGGAAGGAAAUAAGGAAAACCAGUCAUGGAUGAAAGCAUAAAAACUACAUUUACUAAAUACUAAAAGAUAAUUUUUAGUAUGCUAGUUUUCGUGUAAAUAUAAGUCGUGUGGUAUAGUUAUCUGUGUUAGUUCUGAGGAUAUUUUCAAUUUGUUUUUCUAUAAAUAUUAUUUGAUAUAGAAGUUUUAGAAUCAAUGUUCAUGUGUCAUAUAACUGAUGUUAAUAAAUGUCACUGAAUACUUUGUAUAUCUAUUGUAGUCGGACGAUCCUAAUUAUAAUGGAUGGUUAAUGAUAUGUUUAUUUGAUCACACACACACACACACACAUAUACGUA